GAUCUUUAGUUUAGCAAUUGCCGCCGACAGAAUUGCACGGAAUCCGAAACCGAAACAAGCAAAUAAGUUUCAAAACAGCGAGACAUGAAUUUGGCCGGCAAGAAUGUGGUUUACCUUGGCGGAUUCGGCGGCAUAGGCCAGAAAUGUGUGCAAGAGCUGCUCCAGCGGCGAAUAAAGUCGCUGGCCAUAUUUGAUUUAACUGAAAACAGCCAAGUGCUGGCUGAGUGGAAGAGCAAUAAUCCCAACACGGAUAUAUUCUACCAAAAAGUGGACAUCACCCAGAAGGCGGACAUUGAGGCGGCCUACAAGGCCACCGCCGAGAGAUUGGGUCACUUCGAUGUGGUGGUCAAUGGCAGUGGACUGAUGAACGAUCGCCUUAUCGAUCUGACCAUACAAAUCAAUCUGCUGGGCGUGAUCCACAGCACCUUGACAGCCCUGGAGUACAUGGACAAGGCCAAGGGUGGCCGGGGUGGAGUCAUUGUGAAUAUAUCCUCGGUGGCUGGUCUUCAGCCCACGGCCUUAAUGGCCAUUUACUCGGCGGCCAAGACAGGGGUUACCACUUUUACCAGGGCCUUGGCUAACCCCAUUUACUAUGCUCAUUCUGGCGUGGGAUUUAUUACCAUCUGUCCGGGAUUCACAGACACUGGUCUGCUGGAUGAUAUAGGCAAUAAGACAACCUUUGAUUACGAGACCCCCAUGCUGGCCAUGUUCAGCAAAGUGAAGCGUCAAAAGGCCGAAGACUGUGCCCGGAACUUGGUGCAGGCCAUAGAGACAGCCAAAAAUGGAGCAGUCCUGAUGCUGGAGCUGGGCGAGACCCAGGAUGUGGAGAUGCCAGACCUGUGGAAGCCCCAGUUGAAUGUUUAAUUCGUUGAUUUUUACAUAUAUAGUAUAUAUCCCCUUUAUUAUAUAAUAUCUUCAAGUGGUUGGUGAUUUAUAAAUAUAAUAAAAUAUAUAAAAAGAAAUCAAAGCAAAACCACAUUAACCGCAAGAACCGAUCGGAUUGCUUAGCUAGAAAUAGUCCCAAAGAUAAAUAGAA